AAGAUCCGGUUGACACGAGCACAAGGACAUCAUCUGCUUUUUAUGCUCACUAACCUCAACUUCUUCACAGCGCGGCGCGUCUGUCGCUUCUCACGGGAGACUUUAGCUCAAUUUUAGACACAUAUUCAUAGACAUUUGUGGGUUUUUUUUUUGUUUGUUUUCGUUGUGCGUUUGUGAAUAUAUCAUAUGCAUUAGGCUACAUACGGAGCGAUUUUGUGCGCAGGUUUAUUUGAGUCUAUUCAUUUGGCGAUUUUUAUUUCUACCUGUUUUCUAUAUUCGACCCACAUAUGGACAUACUGUGGGAUGAUUUCUCCUUUAAACCUCUCGACAUGAGAUGAAACCCAGAGGAGAUGCUAUAUAUACAAAAUAACGAAAAGAAGAGGACGCGCUAUUUUGGCACAUGAAUUGGACACACAUCCCAUGCGCGGACUAUAACGAGGCUGGUUAUCGUUUUUAUGAACCUUUUGUUUCAGGAUUGCUCAGAAUCCUUAAAUUGUAAGCCAUCAUCUCAAAUUUAUAAUACACUAAUAUAGGAUGCUAAAUCAUAUAUUGUGCGGUUUUGUAACCAUACUGUAAGGGAGGAGUUAUAGUGAAUAUUAUAUACAGAGAAGAUUUCCUGUUAUAGGCUAUUUAAGCAGAUGAUGGUGGCACACUAAAUCCAUUAACACCCCAAUGGCUGACAUGGCAUAGGCCUAUAUGCAGUAUAUUAUAUAAAAGAAUCUCUCCCACUUAGUGGCUUGUCAUUAUAGCAAAUAUUGCAGUAUUUUUUAAUAUAAUGGACACCAAUCACAUGGAUGAUGGUUCCUCCAGCAAUGGCAUGGAGAUGGAGAUCAUGCCUAGCUAUAUGGAGUUCAUCAUCAGAGCUUAUUCAGUCAUGUUCAGUGCCUUUAGAGACUGUAAAGACUGCGGCCUGGAGCUGUCCAGAAGAACCUUGCUGGAUCAUGCAUACAUAUCAUGGAUGGAGAUCUUCAUGUUCCUCAUGUGCGCGGUCAUGUGGACGAAAUUGCGCAGGAGACUGACCAUGUACGUCUUUGAGCCUUUUGCACAAUGGUGUUGUAUCCAACCUAAAGAUGUCUCGAAGAUGCCGGAGAGUGCGUGGAAGCUGGUCUUCUACACAAUGUCGUGGUCAUACAGCACUUACCUUUUGUUUUUCACUAGCUAUUCCUUCUUUCAAAACCCCCCAUCUGUGUUUUACGACUGGAAGAGUGGGAUGUCGGUUCCCACUGAUAUUACAAUAGCUUACCUAAUCCAGGGUAGCUUCUAUGGCCACUCCAUAUAUGCCACCAUCUACAUGGACGCCUGGAGGAAGGACUCCCUUGUGAUGGUGGUGCAUCACUUUAUCACUCUGGCCCUGAUCACAUUCUCCUAUGCCUUCAGAUACCACAACAUUGGCAUUAUCGUCCUCUUUCUUCAUGACAUCAAUGACGUUCAGUUGGAGUUCACCAAACUCAACGUUUACUUCAAGACCCGGGGAGGAAAAGAGUACCUCAUCAAUGAUGUCCUGUCCAACAUGGGGGCCAUUAGUUUUAGCAUCACAUGGUUUUGGUUCCGUUUGUACUGGUUCCCCCUUAAAGUUCUAUGGGCCUCCUGCAUCACCAGCAUCCAGUCGGUUCCCGAAAUCCCUUUCUAUUUCUUCUUCAACACACUCCUGUUUGCCCUGCUCCUCAUGAAUAUCUACUGGUUCCUGUUCAUUGUACUGUUCGUGGUGAAGGUCCUGACGGGCCAGAUGAAGGAGGUAAAUGACGUCCGGGAGUACGAGGACGAGGACCUAAAGGAGAAAAAAGACACUAAUGAUCAGAUGUCUACUGAAGGGAAACACGUGCAGAACGGGAUCACAAAGAAGAAACAUCUAUAACGUCUAGGUGCUGCCACCUGCAGGCACCUACUGAUGACUGCAAGGUACUUAUAUGACCUUGUUUGAUUGUAACCCUAGAAUGCCAAGGUGCUUGGACAGUUAUAAGAAGAAACAAUAUUGACCAUCAUUUGUGUUUUAUCUCUAUUGUUUUUUUAACUGUAAUCAUAGCACUGUGAUUGUUAUCUCUCUUGUGUAUUUCAUUAUUUUUUUGUUUUUGUUUAGUUAAAUGAGUGACCUUUCACUGAUAAUUAGAAACUUACGGCAUAUAUCUCUACCCGUGAGAAACAAACCCAUGCAUUUUGGAGAACAGCGGAAACCAUGAAAACCAGGUUUUGUGGUCGUCGACUACAGUUUUUUUUUUUAGAUUUAGACCACUGUUUUUGUCAUUCUGCUGUAUCUAUUUUCAUUCCAGGAGUGAAAGAGUUAAAAUAGUUAUACAUAACUUGUUGUAGUGAGUACUAGUGGAGUGGUUCUCAGAUUGACAGUCUGAUCUGAAAAACAGGAAAAGGAACAUUUAAAUGGGUAUAAUGUUAAAUGCAAAUUAUAAAAUGCAAUUAACUAUGUAAUCACACAUAGUUAGGGGAGUGAAGAAAAACAAAAUCUUACCAUACCUUUUGUUGUUUGCAUCAAAGGAGAAGAUGUGCGUCCAAUCACUCAUCAGUAUUUUGGCACAACUUCAUGUUAAUCCAUCACUUUCAGAGUGUGGGCUUUAGAAGUCCAUUGUAAUAUUAACACUUUUCAAUUUUAAGGAAUUUAAACAACAAAAAAGUGCAAUACACAAUACUGUAUAAUACAUAAUAUAAUAUUAAAAUCAGUAUCCUGUUGAUCAGUACCUCAAAACCAUCUGAGAACCUCUGUUUUAGUACAUCAGCUGUCUUGUUUAGUACUACUAAUUUGAAGUUAUCCAACUAACUUGGUUACAACUACAAAUCAGCCUGACCUGCAUCAAUCAAAAUCAUGUUUGUACAGUAUUACCGUGUUUGAAUGUACAGGAGAAUCUCUUUCAAUGUUUGGAUUACAAUAAUACUGAUUGCAUUCCUUCCGUCGAUUAUUAUUACUGUUUUUUUCCCGCUAGCAACCGUUAUUGUAAUGGCGCGAACUAAACUAGCUUCGGAUUGGCUAACAUCUUCCAGACGCUAUAUUCGUGUUUAUUUUACAAAAAUAUAGAGCGAGAACUUAUAAUUAAUAGUGAAUGAUUAUUAUUCAGUCCGACAUUUUUUUUUUUGUUGCUGCCUAUACUCAAAUUAAUCAAAGUAAUUAUGCAGAUGUUGUAUUCAGGAAUGCAUGAUAUUUGAGAAUAUGUUGUAUUAAACUAAUCUUACGACAAAAGACCAAAUGGAACUGAUAUUAUCUCUCGCGACGUAUUAAUUACUCCAAAACUAUCGCAAUACUUGAAUAGUUGAUUUGCCUACUGUAUCAAAAGUCCAGUUGUGGAAGAAGCUCAUAAUCUUCGCGCACAAAUGCUAAUGAGGUUUGUGCGUCGUGUUGUGGUCACGUCUUCCGUUCAUGACGCAAGCUUGAGCUAAGAGCUAGCCGCUUAUGAUUUUGUUUUUGGGUGAAAUAUUUAACGCAAUUAAUACCGCUGCUGCUGUGUUUUCUGUGUACACGUCCAUUGUUUUUAAAGCAGCCGUUUAUAAUGGUACUGGCAAAGGAGCUGAGUCAUUUUCUAAUCUUUUAUUAUUUUUACCCGUCAUGUCAAAUCACUGAAGAAAAACGAUGUUGUUAAAUGUUGACC